AUGAAUAAAACUUAUUCAUUAAGACGUCUGUGUAACUUACAUGAGCAUUUAAUAAAGCAACACCGUGUCAUACGUUAUAAAUCAAAUACUAGCAAUGAAUUAAAUUCAUUUGUAUUGUAUGAUAAAUUUAUAUGUGAACGUCGUUCUCAGUCAAAAUGCAGCGUCUUGGUGCAGGUUUCUUCGGAAAAUUCAUGUUCUGAUCUACAUUCAUAUUGCUCCAAAUUUGGUUCAAUAAAAAAUAUAUUUCACUAUCAACUGGCUGGUUCAAAUCAUUUUGUGCUUACUGAAUUUGAAGACCAAUCAUCAGUGAAUUCAUUGCUUGACCAAAGUACGCACAUUAAAGAUUCAAAUGUAAUUGCUGUUAGAUCGCCAUUUCUUUGGUUUCGUUCAAAUGCAAGUAAGAAAAAUUCAAAAUUAUCAGUCAUUGACAAUAAAUUUAACUUUCCAUUUCAAGCCAAUCAAACAAUGAUAGAGCCAAAUAUUAAAGAUAUUGGACUUAACAAACUUGAUUCAUUGUCUAAUCAGAUGUUAUUAUUAUUGAAAUGCACUCAGCUGAAUGAUAUUGGUACAAGAUUGAGGUUUCUAACAGCAAUGCAAAUUGAAAAUGCACUUAAAGGUAUUUUUCCUCUGUCAAAAGUAUUACCUUUUGGAUCAUCAGUAAAUAGUUUUGGUAAGAUUGGCUCAGACAUUGAUUUAGUUAUAAUGGACAGUCAAACCACAGAAAAUGAAACUAGUCGAUUGAUUUAUCAUGGAAAAUGCGUGUCAAAUAGUCGGACACAAACACAGCGAAAUAUUGAAAUACUGGGUGACUUGUUGCAGUUAUUUUUACCAGGUUGUUCAAGAGUGAAGCGUAUUUCUCAAGCAAGGGUACCGAUUGUCAAGUAUUCACAAGAUUUCAUUGGUGUUGAAUGUGAUCUAGCGGUCUCUAAUGAAACAGCUGUAAAUAUGUCUGAACUUUUGUACAUUUUUGGUAAUUUUGACUACAGGGUUAGGCCUUUAGUUUUUACUGUAAAAAUGUGGGCCAAAGAGAUCAAUUUAACAAAUGAUACACCAGGAAGAUGGAUAACCAAUUUUUCAUUAACACUUUUAGUGUUAUUUUACUUGCAACAAGAAAAAAUCAUUCCUGAUAUUCAGACACUAGUGAAGCAAGCUAGAAACAAUGAUGUCCGAAUCACAAAUGAAGGUAUCAACUGCACGUUUCUUAGAGAUGCAUCAAAACUUCAUAGAGUAGUUGAAAAUAAAAAAACCUUAGACCAACUUUUAUUAGGUUUUUUUGAAUAUUUUGCAUCAUUUGAUUUUAAUACAAAUGCGAUAUCAUUAAAUUUUGGAAAAACAAUCAAUAAGCCUGAAUAUAGUGCCUUAUACAUUGUCAAUCCGUUAGAAGUCCAUUUUAAUGUUAGUAAAAAUAUUAGUUCAGAAGAAGUGGAGAGAUUCAGAAUAGAACUAAGAAAUGCUGCAUGGACAAUAGAUUCUUCUUUAAUGAAUACAAACUCAUUCAACUUAUUAGAUCUAUUCAAAGGUUUUGACGUUAACAAAAAAAGCCAAAUAGUUUUUGAUAUCCAGCAUCAAAUAAAAAAUUCAAACAGAUUAGUUACUGUCAAAGAUUUAUUUGAUGACGAUUCUCAAACUCAAGAAGACACAAGACUGAAUAAACAGUUAAAACCUAGUGAAAGAGAAAUUUGA